GAGCCGGGGCGCCGCGCCUCCUCGCGUGUCCGCUCCCCACCUAGGGCCACCCCUCCCCCGCCGCUCGGCGUCCUGCGUGCGCUGCCCUAAGCUCCCGGUCCCGGGCCUCCUGCUCUGCCUCCCCGCCGCCGUCCCUCCGCUGCCCGCGCCAUGGGCAGCGAGCAGAGCUCCGAGGCCGAGAGCCGCCCCAACGAUCUGAACUCCUCAGUGACUCCUUCUUCAGCUAAACACAGAGCCAAGAUGGAUGAUAUUGUGGUCGUAGCUCAGGGUUCCCAGGCUUCAAGAAAUGUCAGCAACGAUCCUGAUGUCAUCAAGCUGCAAGAGAUUCCAACCUUCCAGCCUCUUUUAAAAGGACUCCUGAGCGGCCAGACUUCCCUGACCAAUGCCAAGUUGGAGAAGCUGGAUUCUCAGCAGGUGCUGCAGCUCUGCCUGCGUUACCAGGAUCACCUGCACCAGUGUGCGGAGGCUGUCGCCUUCGAUCAGAACGCUCUGGUGAAGCGCAUCAAAGAGAUGGAUCUCUCCGUGGAAACCCUCUUUAGCUUCAUGCAGGAGCGCCAGAAGAGAUACGCCAAAUACGCAGAGCAGAUCCAGAAGGUGAACGAGAUGUCGGCCAUCCUGCGCCGCGUCCAGAUGGGCGUCGACCAGACGGUGCCCCUCAUGGAGCGGCUCAACAGCAUGCUGCCCGAGGGCGAGCGCCUGGAGCCCUUCAGCGUGCGGCCCGAGCGCCAGCUCCGCCUCUAGCUGCUGGGGCAGGCAGUUGCCACCGUGCCCUCCGUGCCCAGGCUGCCAGGCAGGGGCCCAUGAGGAAGCCCAGGACCUACUCCUCUGCCGAGGUGCCCGCCCCGCCGAGACCGACCCGGCGGCCUGGCUCCCGGCGGCAGCUGCAGUUGGAACGGUUAUAUUAGGACUUAUUUAAGAAACACUGUAUUGAGUGUUAUUAUUAUUUUGCCUUGAAUUUUUUUUUUUAACCGAGUGCAUAUAGUCUAGGUACUGGAAUGAAACUGGAGAAAAGGGAGAAAACCUUUAAGAAACUGUCCUCAGCACCCCUGUGAAAUUGUACUCAGCUGUCUGGGCUAGGGUUGUGAAUACACAAAUCUCAUCCGA